UACAAAGUGCAGUCUUGAAGAAUUCGAAACGUGUUUUUGAAGUUUUCGUGUUUUUGAAGAAGUUAUUUUAAACCUUCUGCAACUGAUUGAGAUUCUGAGACCUACAACGAACCGAUUGCUAUUGUAUUCUGCAAAUGAAACGUUGCUCCUGAAUUCUGGGGCAUUGUUCGAUCGGCAUAUUAUCAUUAUUAUGAGAAGCAGAAGUACGCGAAGGAAAUACUGUAUUUAGAUCGUGUGCCAUUAGAUCAGUGCUGGCCCCGCGUUGUGAAAUGAAUUCUGCGUCGAGUCCGAAUUGCUUAUCCCGUCGCGUUCUGUGGAAAAACGAAGGAAUUCCCGAUAAUCACACCGACGACGAAACCUUCCUUAAGGAACUGCGCACCAAUGUAAACUUGCGCACGUACACGUAUCGGGAAGCUGUGUGUGGUGCCACAGUUCUUGUCCAGCAGAUUUCCCUCGUGGUCUUCUUCGUAAUAAUUUAUGCCUUAAGUCUUCGCAGUUUUAUGUCGGCUCCGCAAAUAAUCAUCGUUUAUUCGUUUCUUUUAUUUACCUUAUACUUUCUGUACCGCUAUCUAAUUUUGAACAAGCGAUUCGGACCACCUCCGAAGAACGAUCUCCAAACGUUUGUCGUUAUUUAUGGUUUUGCUUUCGGGGUGUCGCCGAUCUUGUCCACCUUAACCGGGACCGUUAGUACAGAUUCCAUUUAUACGAUGGUUGCUGUGCUAUUAUUGCUCAACUUGAUCGUCCACGAUUACGGGCCCCAAGCGAUGGUUGUGUCGCAGGCCUUUUCCCUAAACGCUGCUUUUGGAGCGGCGGUGUGCUUGGCGUCGCGCUUGCCGUCAUCUCUGGACGCUUUUGCUCUGGUGAUUUGCGCUGUGGGAAUUUUCGGGUUAUGGCCUGCAAUGCGAUCGCUCUUGAAAAAGCGUUAUCCCGCUGCCUUUCCGUUGAUUGCCGUCGGGAUGGUGGUGGCGGACGGCGCACUGCUCAGCUGGCUGAGCACGUUUUGGUUGGGAAUGUUUGCAGCGGUUGUUGUAGCUGUGGGACUACUCUGUCCCGCACUGUUUGUGUAUUUACAGCGGUGGAAGACAACAAUCCACGGUCCGUGGGAUGAAGCUGUUCUGAAAACUGAUCGGCCGGUAUCCCCGUUGAAUCGCUGAAUUUUGCACGGCUCGAUGACGUUAUGCUGCUACGAUGGCACAUUCAUCAUAUGGACAAACUCCUGAAAAUUGAUCCUUCCAUCUUGAUCGACAUCGCAGGACCGAAUCAGGUCGGCAACAUCAUCAUCCGGCAGUUUUUCAUUUAGGAGAAGAAGAACAUGCUGUAACUCUUUCACGCCUAGUAAGCCUGUCUGAUUGGUAUCGAAAACUUGGAAAAUAAUCCGCAGUUCGUCGUCCAGAUCCGUUAGGCGCAUUUUGCGAACCAUUAAACGCAGGAAUUCGGAGAAGUCUAUCGAUCCGUUGCCGUCGAUAUCAACUUCGUUGAUGAUGUCAUGCAGCUGGAUAUCAGUUGGGUCUUGUCCGAGUACGCGCAUUAGCGCCGAUAGAUCUUUUGUGGAGAUGUUGCCAUCGUUAUCUUUGUCCAACACCGUAAAGGCGGCGCGAUAUUCUUCGAUUUGUUUUUCUGUUAACUGAUCGGUCAUUUUAUACUGUUUGUGUAUAAAGAUCGACUUAUCCUUUUAUAGUUUGUUGUUUUAAAUUCUGCAUUACCGGUACCUUCUUAUUUCGCAACCUAGCAAUAGAUACUAUCAUACUCGUACUGAAAGUUAAAGGAACACUGGAAAACCACUCAGAAUGAAAAUCCUCCUAUCUGUAUGCUGGUGUUCCCUCCGUGUAACAGUACUUACUAAAAUUUGUCGCUGAUUUAAAACUGUAGUUAUUGUUUUUUCUGCCGUUUUGAUUCCUGUGGCUCACGAACGGGAACUAUUCUAUGGGGCUAAAGGCACUGAUCGGACGUAAUUAAUUAUUUAUUACUGUUUAGUAUUCAG